CCCCUCGGCCGCCCCGGAGCCCCGCGGUCGGGGCCCGGGGGGGCAGCCAUGGACUCGCAGGGGCUGAAGGCUUUGAUUAAUUACUAUUGUCAAGAGAGAUAUUUCCAUCAUGUGGUACUUUUUGCCAGUGAAGGAAUUAAGAGGUAUAGCAAUGACCCAAUCUUCAGAUUUUAUCAUGCUUAUGGUAUAUUAAUGGAAGGCAAAACUCAAGAAGCUCUUCGAGAAUUUGAGACUACUAAAAAUAAACAGGAUGUAUCACUUUGUUCUCAUAUUGCACUAAUAUACACUCACAAAAUGAGUCCAAAUCCAGAUAAAGAAGCUAUUCUGGAGUUAGAUUCUAAAAUGAAGGAGCUCCGUAAAGGAUCUGGACAGAAAGCUUUAUACUAUGCAGGCCUGUUUCUUUGGCACAUUGGUCGGCAUGACAAGGCGAGAGACUACAUUGACAGAAUGAUCAAAAUGUCAAAUAGCAGCAAAGAGGGACUAAUUUUAAGAGGAUGGCUUGAUAUUACAAGAGGAAAAGAACCUUAUACUAAAAAAGCACUAAGAUAUUUUGAAGAGGGAUUGCAAGAUGGAUACGAUAUUUUUGCUUUGCUGGGUAAGGCGCAGUGUCUUGAGAUGCGCCAGAAUUAUUCAGGUGCUCUGGAGACUGUGAACCAGAUCAUUGUGAACUCUCCAAGCUUCCUUCCCGCUUUCAUAAAGAAAAUGAAACUACAAUUAGCAUUGCAGGAUUGGGACCUGACAGUUGAAACUGCUCAAAGGCUACUGGUCCAAGAUAAUCAAAAUGUGGAUGCAUUAAGAAUGCUGGCUCUUUACUAUUUGUGUAGGGAAGGGGAUAUAGAAAAGGCUGCCAGCAAACUGGAAAGCUUAGGAAAUGCACUGGAGUCCAUGGAACCACAGAAUGCGCAACUUUUUUAUAGAAUUACCAUAGCCUUCAGCAGAACCUGUGGACGUAGUCAACCCAUGCUUCAGAAAAUUCAGACAUUAUUAGAAAAGGCUUUUAGUUUAAGCCCUCAACAAUCAAAGUUUGCUACAGAACUUGGAUAUCAGAUGAUUUUACAAGGCAAAGUUAAAGAGGCAUCGAAGUGGUAUAAGACAGCCAUUACACUGGAUGAGACUAGCGUCCCUGCGCUGACUGGAUGUAUCCGAUGUCAAUUAAUAGAAGGAGAAUUAGAAGAUGCAGAUCAGCAGCUAGAAUUCUUGAAUGAAAUUCAGCAGUCCAUUGAAAAAUCUGCGGAGUUAACCUAUUUGCAUGCAGUUCUUGCUAUGAAGAAAAAUAAACAACAAGAAGAAGUUACGAAUUUGUUAAAUGAUGUCUUGGACACUCAUUUGUCACAUUUAGAAGAUUUACCUCUUGGCAUACAGUAUUUUGAGAAGCUAAAUCCUGAUUUCUUACUAGAAAUUAUUACAGAAUAUCUAAGUUUCUGUCCAAUGCAGCCUGCAAGCCCUGGGCAGCCUGUGUCUCCACUUCUCAGACGUUGUACCUCAAUCCUGGAAACUAUUGUAAGAACUGUUCCAGGUCUUCUGCAGGCUGUCUUCCUAAUAGCGAAAGUAAAGUACUUUUCAGGUGAUAUUGAAGCAGCUUACAGUAACCUGCAGCAUUGCCUGGAACACAGUCCCUCUUACGCAGAUGCUCAUCUCCUGAUGGCACAGGUUUAUUUGUCUCAAGAAAAGUUCAAGUUGUGUUCUCAGUCUCUUGAACUUUGUCUGAGCUAUGAUUUCAAGGUGAGAGAAUACCCUUUAUAUCAUUUGAUAAAAGCUCAAUCACAAAAGAAAAUGGGAGAAAUAGCAGAAGCAAUUAAAACUCUGCAUAUGGCAAUGAGUUUACCAGGAAUGAGAAGAACCGGUACUUCCUCAGAAUCAAAAUACAGGAAAACUGAAGUUGAUACAAGCCAUCGUUUAUCAGUUUUCCUUGAACUGGUAGAGGUUCAUCGCUUAAAUGGAGAGCAGCAUGAGGCAGCAAAAGUUUUGCAAGAUGCCAUCCAUGAGUUUUCUGGAACAUCUGAAGAAUUACGUGUUACAAUUGCCAAUGCAGACCUGGCUCUGGCUCAGGGAGAUGUUGAGCGGGCUCUAACCAUGCUUCGAAAUGUUACGGUAGAACAGCCUUAUUUUAUAGAGGUCAAAGAAAAAAUGGCAGAUAUUUAUCUGAAGCACAGAAAAGAGAAGAUGUUGUAUAUCACAUGUUACAGGGAAAUUGCUGAAAGGAUGCCCAGCUCUCGAUCUUUUCUUCUCCUUGGUGACGCAUACAUGAAUAUUCAAGAGCCUGAAGAAGCCAUAAUUGCAUAUGAGCAAGCAUUGAAUCAGAACCCAAAAGAUGGAACACUGGCAAGCAAAAUUGGUAAAGCCCUUGUCAAAACUCACAAUUACUCAAAGGCAAUUACUUACUAUGAAGCUGCUCUGAAAAGCGGACAGCAGAAUUACCUUUGCUAUGAUCUUGCUGAGCUCUUAUUAAAGUUGAAAUGGUAUGACAAAGCAGAGAAAGUUCUUCAGCAUGCUCUUACUCAUGAUCCAGUAAAUGAACUAUCAGCCCUCAUGGAAGAUGGACGUUCUCAAGUUCUUCUAGCAAAAAUUUACAGUAAAAUGGAAAGACCUGAUGAUGCAUUCACUUCACUGCAGCAGGCUCGAGAAUUACAGGCUCGGGUACUAAAACGUGUUCAGAUGGAACAGCCAGAUGCAGUUCCCGCACAGAAGCAGUUAGCUGCUGAAAUUUGUGCCGAGAUUGCAAAACAUUCUGUUGCUCAGCAUGACUAUGAAAAAGCAAUUAAAUUUUAUAGAGAGGCUCUGGUUCAUUGUGAGACGGACAAUAAGAUUAUGUUGGAAUUAGCCCGAUUGUACCUGCUGCAGGAUGACCCUGAAGCCUGCCUGAGGCACUGUGCUCUACUUCUCCAGAGUGACCAGGAUAAUGAAGCAGCCACCAUGAUGAUGGCUGAUCUCAUGUUCAGAAAACAAGACUAUGAACAAGCAGCAUUUCACUUACAACAGCUUUUAGAACGCAAACCAGAUAAUUACAUGACAUUAUCUCGUUUGAUUUAUAUUCUAAGAAGAUGUGGAAAACUUGAGGAUGUUCCACGAUUUUUCUUAAUGGCUGAGAAACACAACUCCAGAGCGAAAUUGGAGCCAGGAUAUCAAUACUGUAAAGGAUUGUAUCUUUGGUAUACAGGAGAACCAAAUGAUGCCCUUCGCAAUUUUAAUAAAGCUCGUAAAGAUAGUGACUGGGGCCAAAAUGCCCUUUAUAAUAUGGUAGAAAUCUGCUUGAAUCCAGAUAACGAAACUAUUGGAGGUGAAGUAUUUGAGAACUUGGAUGAAAAUUUGGGUAAUUCAACUGAAAAGCAAGAAUGUAUGCAGUUAGCAGUGAGAACAGCAGAAAAACUCCUUAAAGAACUAAAACCUCAAACAAUUCAGGGGCAUGUACAACUUCACAUAAUGGAAAAUUACUGCCUGAUGGCUACCAAACAGAAAGCCAAUGUUGAACAAGCACUGAAUGCCUUCACUGAAAUAGCAACAUCUGAGAAGGAUCAUAUCCCAGCACUCCUGGGGAUGGCAACAGCUUACAUGAUCUUGAAACAGACACCAAAAGCCAGGAACCAGCUGAAACGGAUUGCAAAAAUGAACUGGAACCCCAUUGAUGCUGAGGAGUUUGAGAAGAGUUGGCUACUGCUUGCUGAUAUUUAUAUUCAGUCAGCGAAGUAUGACAUGGGAGAAGAAUUAUUAAAACGAUGUCUGCGUCAUAAUAAAUCCUGCUGCAAGGCUUAUGAAUAUAUGGGAUACAUCAUGGAAAAAGAGCAAGCAUAUACAGAUGCUGCAUUCAACUACGAGAUGGCAUGGAAGCACAGUAGUCAGACAAAUCCAGCAGUAGGAUACAAACUGGCAUUUAAUUACUUAAAAGCAAAAAGAUACGUGGAUGCAAUUGACAUAUGUCAUCAGGUUCUUGAAGCACAUCCAACUUAUCCAAAAAUCAGAAAGGAUAUCCUCGAUAAGGCACGCAUGUCUUUAAGACCUUGAACAUGAGAAUUUUAACUUUUGUUGAUUACCAACUUUGAGUUCUUCAGUUCAGUUCAGUUCUUCAGUUUUGAGCCAGCAUUUUGUGAUGGAAACAUUGUUUCUUCAGCAGAGGCUGCUGCUGCAUAUAAAAAAAGCCUAUGUCAAACCUGUGCUUCCUGAUGUAGAAGCUGAAUGAGAGCUGGACCAUCUGACUCUCCUGACUGAAUGUAGGUUUGGUAGCUCUGUGGUAAAGACUGUAAGCCAUUCCUACAAAGAAUAUUUUGUUAACAUCUGGAUAAUUAAGCGUUCUAUACAUUUUCUAAGCAAAGUUUAUUGCUUAUUAUAGGGAAAAUAAUAGAAUGCAUUGUUCUUAGGUUUUUUUUUUUUUGGUUAUAUUCUGUUUCAAAAAUCCAAGUAUGCCUCCUUGUAAAUUUAUGAAAAAGACAAUAUAUAUUUUAAAUAUAUAUUUUAAUAAAGAUCUUAUGACUGUA